CCACAGAUUCAAACCUUUAGCUCCAUUCACCAUUUUCAGCGUCCAUUUUCUCCUCUCCCUUCAUGAAUCGCACAUCCCAUCUCAAUAACCAAGCUCGUAUGGAAGGAGGAGGGGCUGGAGCGCAGCCUGCCGGCACUGAGAUGGCCGAGGCCGCCCAUCAACCCGACCCACAACAUCAGCAGCAGCAUCCGGCCCCGCAAAUGGUAGCCGGGGGGAUGGAGAGUAUUCCGGCUACGCUUAGCCUCGGUGGCAGCUCGGCUUUGAAUUUUGAGACAAAUGAGCACGUGGCGAUAAAAAAGAUUGCAAAUGCAUUUGAUAACAAAAUCGAUGCAAAGCGAACACUUCGUGAGAUAAAGCUGCUUCGACACCUGGAUCAUGAAAACGAAGUUGCAAUCAGAGAUAUAAUACCACCACCACAGAGGGGAGCUUUAUAUGAGCUCAUGGCUACUGACUUGCAUCAGAUAAUUCGAUCAAAUCGAGCUUUAUCAGAAGAGCACUGUCAGUAUUUCAAAUGCGUCUUUCCUCUGAUAGGAACAAUCGUAAGAAUCAUGAAACUAGACCUUUGAUUGUUAGUUUGUCGUAGAGGCAUUGAGUGCAUGGCUCCUGCAAAAGUACAUGCAUCAAAUUAGUGCAAAACCUAGUUCUCAGCUCCGGGAGAAAUGGGGUCUCUCAACCAUUCUAACAAACCUUCCUCUCCAUCAAAAUUGAAUAUUGUGACAAAUCCUAAAGCCUAUGAGAUGCGGGAGUUGCUGCAAAAAGACUCUUUUUCUUCUACUGCAUACAUCCGAACAGACCAAAAGGAAACAUGUAAUUGGAAAGUUACAUUAAAGAGUGCGCUGCUGA